AUGAUUUUACUUAGUCGAGAAGUUAUUGCACUACAUACACAGGCGGGGAUUUGGUUUCUCAAGGUUAGGGACGGUCAGACCAGGUGUCCUCCGAAGUCGGUGUUGUGGUGUCUCCUACCGUUUUUUUUUUUGGUCGACAAUUUGACAUUUACAUAUCAAUAUAUUAACCAGUCACUACCAUUCAAACGCCUAUUAUCAUCUCCAUCACAUAUAAUGCCUAUUGCAGGAUUGGCUAAUAUAUUUCUAAAUGAUUAUAAAAGUUUCAAAGUAUGCAGAUUACAAAAUAGUCAUGUUAUCAUUGAUGGAGAAGAUUUUAGUAAAUAUAUCUAUGAAAAUGAAAAGUUGUCUAUCACUUAUGGUGGAGAAUAUUUAUCUUAUGCUGUACAGUUGAAACAAUUUCUUCGUGAAAUUAAACAAUGUAAAAUUGAUCCUACAUUUAUAUUUGGAUCCGAUUGUGAAAGAGUUGGUUUUCAACUUUCCAGUCAACUUCAAGUUAUAGAAUAUUUAAUAAAAUCAUUGUCUUCUUCUUCUUCUUCAAAAGAUGCCAAAAUACACAAAGUCUCUGUACGACCUUAUCUUGGAUUCCUUCAAAGUGUUUUAGUCGAUAUACUCAAUGACAUGGAGGUGAAACUUUUAAAAUCUCCAUAUCCUCGUAUACGUAGUUGUAUCUCACUAGCUACGCAUUUAAAUUAUCCGAUUAUCGGAAGUUCAGCAGAAUAUUUUCUUGUCAAUUAUCAUCAAAGUGACUCGCAUAAAUCCUACUUUAUUCCACUGCCACUUAUUUUUCGGCAAAGUUAUAAAGCUGACAAUAAUAAAUCCACUUCUUGUAAUAAUGAACAACAAGAACAACAGCAACAACCACCACCCUCAGCAGCAGCAGCAACAACAACCGCGGCAGCAGAACUGAUGAUGUCUAACGAAGACAAUGAAGCUAGUAGUAGUAGCAGUAGUAGUAGUUGUACACUGACAGAAAAUUCAUCGGAUUCUUAUCUAACAACUCAUACAUUUCAACCAUCAACAUCGCCUUUAGCCCGUGUGAAUACAGUUUGUCGUCCGUUUAUUGGUUUAAUCCUGGGCAGUGAUACACUGCCAAAUACAAAAUUGCCUGCCUAUCUUUAUCCUAUUAUGCAUAGUAUAGAUGAAAAGGAUUAUAAAAGUCGACGUUUAUCCACCCUAAUCUCAUGGUUUUCACAAUUCACCACCAAUCCAAAAGCACCUAUUAAUGAAAUUUUAAAAUCUUAUCCAACGCAGGAAAAAGGCAAAAUUUUGAAAAUAUUUACAGAAGUAGUAACAACAUAUAUACCGGAUCAACAAUUGGCUGAGAAUUUAGCCUUGCUACUAAUUCAUCAAUCCAACAGUAUUACAAGUGAAAGUCAAUUAAACCGGCUUAAUUUUAUUAGUCAUUCUAAAGAGCCUAAUACUAAUAAAGAAUUACAAUUAUGGGAGAAACGUUUCAAUGAUUUGUUAAAAAUAAAUUCUAAUGGUGGUGAUGUUGCUGUUGUUGACGGUAAAUCUACUAAUAUUAUCCUAGGCACUAUCAAUUUUAUCCAUGCAUGGCCAGACAAUCUAUUCCAGUUAUACAUAAAGCAUAAACUUGCACCAUUGAUUCUCACUCCAAUCUAUUGUCAUGGCGGUGUUGUCUUCCCGAUACCAUCGGUAGAAAGUCUACAGAUUGAAUCAUCUGUGUAUGAAUUCUCUUUACCGCUAAGAUGGAUGCAUUAUCGUAUAUUUUGUGGUCUUGAACACCAGCUAGCACAACGACAAAAAUUGAUCGGGCUAACUGCAUCAUCACAGUUAUUCGAGCAUUUUUGUACCAGUGGUAAAACUUUGACCACUUUCCGCAUACACAUUGAUCCAUUAAUUUUAAAUAUGAAUAAAGAUAGUACAGAUCAGUUGAUAGCCAGUCUAGUCGGAGUGUCUUUUACCUAUUUCAAAACAGAAUUUCAAUGGAUGAUAAGUUUAGCGCUCACUCUAGCCUAUUGGUUUCGUGAAAGUAUUAAGAAUAAGGUGUCAACUGGUACAACUGAUGACCAACUCGGCGAUAUUAGUCAAUCAUCUGUUGUACUGGCUAUAGCAGCUAUUGCUGUUUGUAAUUAUUUCAAUGUUGAAGAAUCCGAUGAAGAGACUGUUAAACACUAUGGUGUAUUGAUAACAUUUUUAAAGAAUAAAAUCACUACUACUACUACUGAACAAUCUUCAAUCAAUACAUCGAUUGUUGAUCAUUUGACUACUGUUCAUUAUAUUUAUAUUUAUUUAAGAUCAUUAACAAAUCUACUUGAUCAUUUGCUUCCAUCAGAUAAACAAAAAUCCAGCUGUCUUACUUUUCUACCUAAUUGGAUAGUUUUCCCCUCUGGUUGUCUAUUUUAUAAUCUUGUCAAUGAUUUAGAAGUAUUGAAACCAGAGGAUCGAUUUCGGCUAACAUCACGUUAUUGGCUUCCCAGAAUUUAUCGUAUCCCGAAAUUAUCGCCUGAAUAUGCAUUAAAGUUGAAAAAGUUAACUGAAACAUUUGAGCAUGUUAUUCAUAUAACAAAAGAAAUGAUCCGUUUACCAUUAACUGUGCCAAAGAUUAAUUAUACAAAAGAACCGACUGUUAUACCCCCUACUGAUUUAUCUGCGACUACGUCAGGUGGUGGUGGAGGAGGAGGAGCCAGCGGCGGCGGCGGUGGCAGUCGCAGACGUACACGUUCAAUUAAAAGUACAUCUUCGAAUAGUUAUCUGGAUAAAAAGUCUCAACAUAAACCAGUCUCACUUAAUUCAGACAUACCAACAAAAUCAUGGACUCCUGUGCCUUCGUAUCCUUCUCUUCCGAGUGCAGUAGGACCUUUAUUUGUUAAAACACCAUUUGGUGAGUCGUCAAAUCGAUAUGAUAACAAGAACAGCAACAACAACAGUGACUCUCAUCAAGCUAGUAGUCAGUCAUUGACAAAUUUAUCUAAAAAACCAUCUAAACGUGUGCCGUAUCAUUCAAGGUCUACAGGUUAUGCAGCUCGACUACUUGCUCGUCUUGAAGAUGAAGCAAAAUGAACACAGAAUUCACUUAUUACAUAUUUUUUUAACUAUAAAUUAUUAUUUUUUCUUUUGCAAAUUUGUUAUCCUUUGGCUUUUUAAAAAAAAAUUAUAUUUUUGUUAUCA